UUUCUCAAAAACAUCUUUGGCGUUCUAUGUCGUCCGUGCUUUUCGAAAUGGAUUCUGAAAUUUUGAAGACAAACUUUAAUACGAACGAACACGAUGACAGAAACAACAAUGUAGAUUACUACAAAGUAGUGUCGUCGAAAAGCAACAGUAACGACAUCGAGAUCAAAGAACUAUAUCGACAAUCUGCCAUACGAUACAAUCCGGAGCAGCAAAAGAACAAAGCGGCCAAGGCGAUUUUUGCCUCAGCAGGUGAAGCGUUCGACGUGCUGCUCUCAGAUCCUCUUAGAAGGGCCGCACAUGGCCAAUACGGUGAAGAGGGUCUUAAAAAUGAUGCGCCCAGACCAGAAGGAUUUGUGAAACCUUACAUUCACGGGGGGCAAGUGCAAACCUUCAGGGAAGUCUUUACGAUGAGCAGUCUGUUCACAUUUUCUACAGAUCGAAGUACAAAACAAAAGGAAGAACCCUUGAUCAAGAUCUUAUUUCUAACUUUGUCGGAGGUAUUUUUUGGUGGUAUAAAAAAAAUGAGAAUCCGAAGAUUGGUCUUGGCUGGCGAUAAGUCGACGACAGUACCAAUAGAGAAGAUCUUGACGAUACCCAUAAAACCGGGAAUCCCGGCGGGCACCAGAAUAGUAUUUCCAGGAGAGGGUAAUCAGGGAUCCACCGAGAUACCCGCGGAUGUUAUCUUCGUCACGGAGGACCGGCCUCACGAAACGUUCCGGCGAAUGGAUUCGGACUUAUAUACGACGGUCGAUAUCUUCCUGAAGGAGGCUCUGACCGGAACAGUGAUCACGCUCACCACCGUGGACGACAGAACUCUGCGAAUCCCGAUAACGUCCAUUAUCACACCGGAUUAUACGAAACGAGUACCAGACGAAGGCAUGCCACUUCCUGCGAAUCCCAAGCGAAGAGGCGAUUUGAUAUUGAGAUUCAACGUCGAGUUUCCGAUUUACAUGCCGUUACACAGCAAGAAUCAUAUUAGAAAGGCCUUUGAAAAUAUCAAGAUUAUUCCCAGUAGCUCAAUAUCGAGCAAAGUGCGCGGAAAUAUUGACGACAACAUCCCACUUCGACGUGGCGCGGACGACGAUGCGGAUCAAUUGAAAUUCAUAUGCGAUACGUGAUUUUAAAUGGAUAUUUUAAAUUCGGUGCUACGUCGCCACUCUCGCUCAUCGUAAAUUCUGAAAAGUAAGAAGGUGUGUAAAAGUUCAAAAGCUGAUCUCGAAAGUUAUCAUCUUUGCUCUCUCUCUCUCUCGAUUGGUUUAUGACAUAAUGAAUAAUUCAAUCAUGACUUCAUUACUGUUGAGAAGUAAAGUUAUUUUUUAUUCAAACAAUUUGUUAACGUUCAGAUAAUGUAUACGAGAUUUAUAGAAG